AUUAUCAUACAUUUAGAAAAUUAAUAAUUUAUUAAAUAUAAUAAAAAUGUUUCCGACUAUUGUAGUCGGAAAUCUUAUAAAUAACUAAAUAUAUUAAAUUUGUUUCCGACGGAUGUAGUCGGAAAUCUAUAUCUCUCAAAAAUAUAUAAUCAAACCAAUACCUUACAACCCCUCUGUCUAAACCCUGGUUCACAAUCAGACAGAUAAUACUGCAACUCGAUGGCUUGAAGGCGAUGGUGACGACGGUGGUGACGACGGUGACGGUGACGGCGAGUUUUGAUUCAUUGAAACUAAAUCCCCAGCUCUUCAUCAAUGAAGCUCUUCAUCAAUGAAGCUCUCAAUUUCGUCGAUUAUUUAGUGGACGAUGCCUUUGAUUUUUUCCACCAAGGCAACAAAGGUUUUAAAAACAGAAGAAAUAGAUCGAUCUGAAGAUCUGAAAAAGAUGGUUGAGACUGGACAUAAGCCUGGACGAGCAGAACUUUAUCUUGAUACUCAUAAGAAAGAAGAUGGAUCACAUGUUAAUGAAGUGGCAAAAGAGAUUUGUGUAAAUACUCUGUUGAGCAUUUUUUAUCGUUUUAACAUUGUGUUGUUGAAUCUAAAGUCUAGUGAAGCCGUGCGGGGCUCUUUUGAUUCACUAGCAUUGUUGCCUUGUUAUUCAUCUCAUUUUCUUGGUCAAAACACAAAUUCAAAGUCUAGUGAAGCCGUGUGAGGCCUAUUUCGAUUCACUAGCAUUGUUACCUUGUUAUUCAUCUCAUUUUUAAAACACAAACUCAAAGUCUAGUGAAGCCAUGUGAGGCUAUUUCGAUUCACUAGCACCUUGUUGUUAAUCUUGUUGUUAUUCUGCUGGUUGUAUUGUUUGCUUAUUUGGGUGUUCUUGAUUUUUGUUGUUUAGUUUAGUUUGAAUGUAAAAAUACUUGUUUUAUCUUUAUUUUGUGGAUUUGCUUAAUUGGAUUU